UUAAGGAGACGAAAAGUAUUCAUACUCAUCCUCCUUGCAAUUGUGGUACUCUAUGCUACAGUCUUCUUUGGUAUUUCAUUUAAAUCUAUUCCAAAGACUGUGAAGUUUUCAUUCAUAGCGAGACAAAACGUCCAUCGAUUUUCUAACUCCCGCGUAAAAUCUCAAGAUCAGCCGAAGAAAUUAUAUGGCGUCAAAUCUCUUUCCAACCAAACGAAAAGAAACGAUGAUAAACUUUAUUCAGCAGAGAAGAGAACCAAGGUGGAAUUCAUGGGCAAAAUAAGAGAGAAUUAUUUAAAUUCGUUCUCAGUAGAAGCUCGACUGAAAAGUUCAUCAAAACRCUCGGCGCCUCUGAAGCUUGGUCAUGAAGAAGGAGCUCUUAUUAAUAAAGCUGUUUUUGGGGAUAGGAAUUUUGAAAAACUUAACAAAACAACCAUUGAAGGUGAGCUAUCGAGCCUUCUUGGAAAAAAUCCUAUUCAUAAAAGCCAAAUCGCCAUUGAAAAUGUUGACAUAAGACGCGGUUUUGAUGGCAAUUAUUCGAGUUAUUGUCAUCUACCUUUCAAAUAUGGUGAAAUGUGCCCAAAAAGCUAUACUCAGUUAGGAGGGGAGUGUAGAAUGUUCGACAAUUCUACGUUUCAUUGUCCAGACAUUCGUCUUAAAGCCAACAAUCCACACAGGCAAGGACAGCUUAUCACCACUAGAAUGUUAAGGAUCUUUGACUUAGUUUGCAAGAAGCAUAAUAUUUCAUACUGGUUAACUGGUGGAACUCUCCUUGGAGCUGCAAGACAUAAAGGUAAUAUUCCUUGGGAUACCGAUAACGACGUGGAAAUCACCUUACGAGAUUACAUCAAGUUCUUUCAAUCUGCUGCCAAGGAUUUACCGGAAGAUAUUUUCUUUCAAAAUUCUAUUUCUGACCCUUCCCUUAGACCAUCAAAUCCUGUAGAGGCAUCACGCUAUUCUCACGACGUUGUUGGAAUUUAUAGACGAAGUUGGAACCCUCGACUAAGAGACACAAAAAGUUGUUAUAAGUAUUGUAUGCAAUAUGGUUGUGCUUGGCAUGAUGGAAUGAUGAUUGAUAUUUUUGUUCAAGAUACUAAAGAUCCAGAAAUUUUUCCUUUAAAACAGAUGGAAUUUGAAGGGUUUUUGUUUCCAGUGCCAAAAAAUUGGCGAAGUCAACUUGAGAAACAUUAUCAUUCCAACUUUAUGAAAGUCCCUGAAAAAGAAAAGGAUAGAUUUCCCGUGGAUUUUCCUGAUACUGAACACAGCUGUGAGGAGCUUAAAACUCGUUGAAAACCUUAAUUUAAGAAACUUAGCCAUUUUCCCACUUCAAAAUUAUAGUGURUUUGAUCAAAACUAGACAAACUCCAGGUGUUUGGAUCUUGUUUUUUUCUGUUGAUCUUAUAAUCAUGAAGGCGGUUUACUCCUAAAUUGAUCAAUUAAAGCCGAACGAUUCAGGACCGACAUUUGACAGAAGUAAUGAAGACUAAUGUACGUAAUAAUAAAAUUCGCGGUCUUGUGGCUUACAGGAUUUCUUACUAAACCAAUAGAAGCGCAAGAUACCUCGUUGCAACGUUAGUCAAAAGAUAAUGGAAUAUUUCAAAGAAAAGAAUGAUUUCGUUUAACUUGUUUAAGACGAUCUUCUCUGUUAAGGUGUUCUCUACAUGACAUUAAAAUAUUUGCAGGUUCUGCCCUUUUUUAGACCACGAAAUAAACAGUUUUGCGUUAUGCAUGUCACACUACUUGUGAAUUUGAUCUUGCGCCAUGACGCAACAAGAUCAAAUAUCCAAAUGUUCUCAGUCAGAAUCACCAAAAUAGUGCAAUAGUACCCAGAAGUCUUCACGGCACCAUCCACUAGUUCUUUGUGGGCAUAGACUAUGAUGAUCCAAGUGCAGUAAAUGUUCUUGUCAGUAAACUUUGCCAGGAAAGAUAGGAAAGCAUAGGUCUACUUUURCGGAUCGAUAUUGCUUAUAUGACUGAUAACGUCUGAUCGAACUUAUACAGGCUUAUAAGCAACCGACUAGGAAUGAAUAAAAUUUCACUUAAACGGA